ACACAAUUAUUUUUUUUUCUUCUUCUUCUUCUUCUUCAUCUUCUUUCUUUAUUUUGUUAUUUUGUGAAAUGGAGAUUGAUAUUACUUUAGAGAGCAAGACUGCGUUUACUAAUGAAAUGCAGAAUAUUGCAAGUGUUCAGAGGGUGGGAGAAGGUGUGGGGGGAGCGGAACAGAGAUGAACGAGGAGCAGUAAGAAGGUUAAUUGAUUGAAUGAAUUACUGAUUAUUAACCAAAUAAUUAAUAGAGGAGAGGGGGGAUGACAAUUUUCCACAAGUCCAUGUCUCCCGGGCCAGGCGCGAUCAAGGACGAGAGGCACCAGUUCAAGACCAACCCCCAGGCGCAGGGGCCCGGCCCGGAAACCUUCGACUCCUUCUGGACCGUCUACAUCAAGGGCACCUACUUCAGCCCCGACCUCGACCCCUCGCCCGGCCCCGCAUCCUACCACCCGCGCGUGCCCCCCCGCAACGCCCCCUCUUUCUCCAUAGCCAGACGCCUCACCACGCCAUUCUACGACGCCGGUCCCGCCCCGCCAAAGCCCCCGCGGCCCCGCGGCCGGUUCCGCUCCUGCCCCCCGCACUGCCCCCGCUACACUGGCUCAUCAUCACCAUCCUCAGACUCCCCCUCCUCGCCCCCUCCCCUGCCUCUCAUUCGCAUCCUCCGCCAACGCCUCCGCCGCUCCACCAUGGAGCUGCUGCAGUCUCGUGAUGCAGCCCUGGUCCCCCCUCCCCCGCGCCUUCUCGUGCACAAGGUUAAGCCCGAAGAUGCUCGAGAGGAGCGCCGGUCCGUCCGUUUGCUCCAACAUAAUUGCAAAUUCUGAAGAAUUGGAUUUGGUUUUUCAAUCUCAAAUCCAACACCAUUGAUCUAGAACCACUGGUAACUCCUCCCCUCUACAUUGCUUUGACAUCUAUGGAGCAUGAGAUGGAGAAUAUAGCAUGCAUCACAGUCAAUUGUUCCAUAUGAUGUAUCACAAUGCAGCAACUUUUCAACUUGUUUUCCUCAUUAUUCUUGCUAUCCAUUUGUAUAUAUACCUUUAUGACUUGAUGUAAGUUCAUGAU